AUGACUUCCACCAACAAAGAAUGCUUUGUCGAGCGCAAAGACCUUAUUCAGGUCCAUGAUCACUGUCCAGAACAACCGUAUGUUGAACUAGAGAUCCCCCACGAUGCCAAGAGGGUCAUCGCAGUCAGCUUUGGAGGAUUGUCUCGUGAUCAAGCCAACGAUCCUCUAGAAGUUAUCCAGUCGCUCUCCAUCUCUUCUAACGCCUCCCAUUACACCCACGCCCUGAACCUUGACCGCCAGGAAAUUCGACUAUUACAUGUCAAGCCAGGAUCAUUCGACGACCCCAUCAGCGCCCAUUUCAGUAUUGCGAGCCUCAAAGAUGCCGAAGCACAGAAUGUCGACUUUGAUGCCUUGUCUUACUGUUGGGGCGACUCUUCAGAGCGUGAUGAAAUCUUCCUCUCUCCCAACCAAAACGAUACCCAAGACACACCUUUCAGUAUUGGGAAAUCUGCAGCCCAGGCUAUUCGUCGUCUUCGCCUUGCCGACGAAACCUUGGCCAUAUGGAUCGACGCCGUGUGCAUCAAUCAGGACGAUCUUGAAGAGAGGGCUCAGCAAGUCACUUUAAUGACCCAGAUUUACUCCUUGGCUUCAAUUGUGCAUAUCUGGCUGGGCGAGGACAACCAUGGUGUAGAAGCGUGCUUGAAGCUCAUUCGAGACAUCUGCAACUACAACAGCGAGAUAUGCCAAGGUGGUGAUGCAUGCAGCUGCGCCGGAACCAAGCAUUUGACGCCAUUGGCCGAGAUCAAAUCCUUUGGGGAGGAUAGAAUGAAGGACGGGCAUAAAAUCUCGUUCAAAGGAAUGUUUGAAGUAUUCGAAAUGCACCUCAAAACAUGGUCCCAGGACAUCAUCGACAUGGCGGGCUGGUAUGGCAAUACCCAACUGUCAUUCCUCAUGAGCACACUAUACGAAAAUUCCUGGUUCUCGAGAGUCUGGGUCAUCCAAGAAGCUUUGUCGGCACGAGUACCUAUAGUCCACUGUUCUGCCGAAUAUGUCCCCUGGGAAGAGGUUGUUCAAGUGAGCAACUGGCUUGGACAUCCGGCUUACGCAGCUCAAAACCCGCACAACGCUUCGCAACAGAUUUCCAUGGCUGCUAUUUGGAAGACAUUGAAGCCCAAAGGACGAACGAGGGAAGUGGCCACCACGCCCGUCGAGGCGGAUGACAAAGAUCAGCUGUCAAGUAUCCUCGAGGUGUUUCUCUCGGGUCUUGAUUUGAAAGCUACGGAUCCUAGAGAUAAACUCUUUGCGCUACUAACAUUUGCCGACGAAACACACGACGCCUCGCAGCUGGACGAUUUGAUACGACCCAACUACGACAAGGCGAAGGAACGCGUCUUUGCCGACUUUACACGGUGGUGGAUUCGGGAGCAUAAUUCGGUGGCGAUAUUGUCGUCAAUACAUUGUCAGCCUACACGAACAUGGGUCAAGACCGUCGGGCCGACCGCAGACACGUCGAAUGGUCAUCCUACCUGGUCCAUCGACCAGAAGGGAAGUUCAAGAUGGACGCAAGCAAACCUGAACGCUUGCCUGAGAUUCAAAGCUUUCGGCGACACAAAACCCAACCUUGAGCUGCUCAAAACAGAUGACCCGCUCAUCCUUCGACUUUCAGGUCUUCGUAUUACCGAGAUCAAAAGAAUUAGUUCUGUACCCAUCGAGUACAUGUACCCUUACCAGGGGUCUUUCGAUAAUCAACAGGAGAUAUGCAAAGUGCUCCAUCAGAUCUUGGAUCCAUGCGGUCUGACACCUUUUUGGACACGGAGAAACAGCGCGGGCGACAUUUUGCAAAAGACUGUCCAGGAGUGCAAUCAGAAAUACAUCGACCACAUGAAUUCGCAUUGGGCCUACUCAAACCGACCUGCUUUGAAAGUGCUAAAACCAAACGCCAAAGCCGAGUUGGAGUAUUACGAGACCAAGAAGCUACCGACAUGCAUAGAACCUUGUUUUUUUGUUACGACGUCUGGACUGUUUGGAUUGUGUCCUUGGGGGUCCAAAGAGGGAGACGCGAUUGUCUUGCUUGAUGGAGGGAAUGUGCCAUAUCUGCUGAGACCUGUCGAGAAGGAGGGAGACGAGCUGAGAUAUGAGCUUGUUGGCGAGUGUUUUGUGCAGGGGAUCAUGCAUGGGGAGGUUGUCGGUGCUCUCGGUGCGAAUAGUGAUCACAAGCAGGUUUUUACUCUCGUUUGAUGGGAUUUACGUUGGACUUGAGUGGUGAUAAGCACAGGAGAUUUUACAUUUUACGAGAGA